UUUCCCAACGGAGACAUCAAGGAAGAUUGUCCUGACGGGAGCUCAACUUACUUUUACCGGGACGCAAACACAACUCACAUCACCUACAAGGACGGUACCCAGCUCAUUCACUUCCCCAACAACCAGAUGGAGCGACACUUUCCCGACGGCUCGCGCGAAGUUGUCUUCCCAGACAAGACAAGAUGCCGUUUUGCUCCCGAUGGG